CUCCAGAGCCUUCUAUCCAUCUGUGCCUUGAAUAUGAACUGCAAAGGAUCUUCAACACCCUUUUGGAUAGUUUCAAGAGAUCUAUCAUCCUGCACAAUGGAGUGUGUUGGACUGGUGCUGUUCCUGCUGAUGGCAGAAACUGCUGCUGCUGCUGAGUGCCGUGCACCUGAUGGUCAGGAUGGUAAACCUGGCAACCAAGGCCCACCUGGCAGAGAUGGCAGACGUGGAGAGAAAGGUGACACAGGCGAUCCAGGAAUGGCCAGUCACAUUCUUGGUGAACCAAGAAAGAAGGGACAACCAGGAGACCCAGGACUGCCAGGAGCUCAUGGCCCCAGAGGAUAUGUUGGUCGAAUGGGACCAAAAGGUGAACCAGGGCCUCCUGGGCCAAAAGGACAGAAAGGACAAUCUGGGAGGGGUAGCGGUCUAGUGGGUGUAGACAGACCGGCUUUCUCUGUUGUCAGAACCAUUGCUACUCAACACAAUCCAAAACACCGUGUGAUUUUCAACAGAAAUAUCACCAAUGAAGGAGGUUGUUUUCAAAUUAAUUCUGGGACAUUCCUCACUUGUAAAGCAGGCUGGUAUUUCUUCACAUACAAUGUAGUUACUACAGGGGAGCUUUGCAUAAACAUUAUGAAAAAUAACAAAAAGGAAGCUGGAUUCUGUGACCUUGCUGCAAGGAGCAGUACUAGGGCCAACUAUCAGAUGAAUUCUGGUGGGACUGUGCUGAAGCUGAAUAUAAAUGAUCAAGUGUGGCUCCAAACAAAACCAGGUUUCCACAACAUUGUUGGAUCAGAUGAGGUCAACAGUGUUUUUUCUGGCUUCCUUCUCUUUCCAGAUGAAUAGAUGACCACAAAUUCAGAAGACAUGAACUUUUCAUUUAGAUAAUCUGCUCACUGCUUCAAAUCACCAGAUACAAAAUGAGCCAUCAAGUCUAGCCUUUUUCUCUUAAUAUGUUAGAUUAUUUUGACAGGGAAGAAGUGAAGCACUGAUGAACUGAAGCCAAUUAUUUUCAUGUAGUCAAACAUGGGCAUGUCUCAAAAAAUGAAUCACAAAAAUAGAAUUGCAUUUCAGUGAGGGCUUCAAGUCCUGCUGAACAGCCCUAAGCCUGUCAAACCCAAUGAAGGAAUACAGAGGUUAAAUCAAUCUUUCAUUCAUUCUCACAGAAAGGAGGAGCAUGCAUUCCAUGAAUUAGGAUUUAUCUACUCUACAGGCUUAAUUUCAGAUGAAUGACACUGGUCAUUUGCUCACCUGCUUCUGUGAAUUAUCCAGUGCUCAAAGUCACUGUUAUUUUAUGCAAGUGACAAGAAGAAGCACAUUGAGGACAAGCAGCAUACAAUAUGAACACCUUUGUGUGCUCAGUGCUUUUUAUUUAAAAGUUUUGGCAAAAUAACCACUUCUAGAUUAUUUUGGAUAAGAAUUGCACAUUUCCAUUUCAAAACUGCAUUGCUAAUUCUGUCCAAAGGUUUCAAAGGUACAUUCAAUGACAGAGAAAUGUAUACAAUAUAUAUCCUGAAAUGCUUUUUCUUCACAACUAUCCACAAAAACAGAGGAGUGCCCCAAAGAAUGAAUGACAGUUAAAUGUUAGAACCUCAAAGUACCCCCAGCUCCCCUCCCUCCUGAGCGUAUGGAGCAGAAAGCAACAAUCCCCCCUCCCCCCUGCAAAAAAAAGCAUCAACCCCCAUCACUGAACACUCAAGCAUGAAUGAAGCAACAGCAAAGACACAGACUUGGAGUUAGCCCGAAGACUACAUUGUUCACCCGGCAUUCGACAUACCGCAGGUUCUCUCUCUCUCCCUAGUAAGGGAGAAAGAGGUGUCUCCUUAGAUUUGCUCAAUUCUAUUCAAAAAUUUCAACACCCGAAUAUCUUCAUGUAAACAAAGGAGAUAGCAUACUCUUACACUUCGCUCCAGUUAUAGAAAUACUCCCCUCAACCCAUCACCCCAACUCUUCCAGCUCUCAUAGAGCACAGAAGCAGGUCUUUUGGCCCAUCAUGUUCAUGCUAACACUGCCAAUUCACCUGCACUAAGCCAUUUACCUGAAAAUGUAUCACACCUUCCCCACUCACCCUCCUCUGCUCUGAGGAAAACAAACCUAGCCUUUCCCACCUCUUCCUAGAAAUGAAGUGCUUCAUCCUGACAAACGCCCUAGUGAAUCACUUUUCACUCUCUCCAUUCAAUGACCUCCUUAGAGUGUACAAACAGUAUUCCACUGUGGCUUAACAAUUGUUUUAUAAAGUUGUGCUAUUUAGUGUAUAUGUCUCACCUUUAUUAGUCCUAACUCUAAUUUACAGCUAUAAGUGUCCCAAUCAUGGCUUCUAGAGCAUGGCUGGGGUUAAUAUUUUGCUUUUGAAAUAAAAAUUGAUGAGGAUGAAAAUGAAACAGUUUUAUUCAGACACAA